AUUCUCGUAACACGAAACAUUGUGAUUAUGUUUAAAGAAGAAAGUGCUGGGAGGGGGGCUAUAUGUGUGUAUCUUGACAACCCGAACACUUAAACUUUUAUCUGGCUCACAAAUAAUUAUAACAGGCGUAAAAAGACAUUGACUAAAAUGUUGAAAACCUUCCUCCACCUCUUUUGAAAGUUAAUGACGGCACAGACCGGGGGACAUAAUUUGUUAAUACUGGCUCACCACUGUUGACUUUCUGAUCCAAGACCAUGAUAAUUUUUCAGGGCUGACUUCAGACCGCCGACAAGUUCAGGACGCAGACCAGGAUCCAGGGCAGGAGGAACAGCCAGACAGCCAACAGCAAUGUCUCGAGCACCACCUACAGCUAUUAGACUUGGGACAGGGGCACCUGGCACGGCACGCCCAGGUACACGUGGAGGUGCUGCAGGUGGUUCAGUGCUGGGUUCCCAAGUGAGGGUUGUUGACCGACCUAUGACCCAGCAAGGUCUUGGUGGCAUGAAGACUGGAGCUAAAGGUCCACAGAGACAAGUUCAAGACCGAUCCUUUUGGCUUGGCCAGCUCAGGUCUAAGAUCCAGGAACUGCAGGCUGAGGUGACCAGGCUGACGAGAGAAAAGGAGAAUCUGGAACAGGAGAACUCUUCCUACCUGUCUUAUGAGAAAAGGGCUGAAACCCUGGCCAGUGAACUCAGAGGCUUGCAAGGAGAGUUGGCUGACUACAACAUGCUUGUUGACAAGAUAAACACAGAUACAGAGAUGGAAGAAGUGAUGGAAGAUUACAACAUGCUGAAAGUCCAGAAUGACAGAGAAGAGAAGAACAUGGACACCAUCUUCACAGAGAGAAGACAGAAAGAGGAACAGCUGAGACAGCUGGAACAGGAGAUAGAACAGCAGCGUCGCCUGACGGACAGCUUGGUGGAAGGCAUGAGUCAAGACAAGAAAGGCUUGUACACCCAGCUUAAGCAAGCAAACCUAGCAUUACUGGAGAAUCUGGAGAGACAACAACAAGAACUGGAUUCUCUUAAUAUGAAGAGGGAGAACUUGGAAGAUGAGCUGUCGACGUCCACGAUCAAACAGGAGGCAGUCCGACUGUACGAGCAGCUACACGAGCUGGAGGAGAAACGGGACAACCUGAUGCAGGAGGACCAGGCCAAGGGCUCGCCCGCCGAGGAGCGCGAGAAACUACUCAAACAGGUCAAGGAGGAUAACCAGGAGAUCGCCAGCAUGGACAGGCAAACUGGAGAGAUCCGUGAGAAGAUCAACGCUCUACAGGAGGAGAUCAGACAGCUGGACAUGGACCUGGAGGAGCACCAGGGUGAGAGAAACCUGAAGUACAAGGAGCUGAAGAAGAGAGAAGAGACUAUGGAUGAGUUCCUGAACAGCUUUGAACAGACCAAGGGUUCUGAACUGGAAACCAAGGGACAACUGGAGGGCAACAUUGUGGCACUACUGGAAGCUUCAAGCAGGAAAAUCACUCGCGCCAGACACCUGCCAGGUGUGACCCAGCAGCAGCUGCGGACUCUUCAGGACGACCUGAACUUUAAGGAGACAGAGAUGGAGAAGUCCAAGGCUACAGCCGCUAACCUGGCUGAAGAGAGUCAGAAGCUGCAGAUGGACCUGGCUAAGGUGGAACAGCUGGAGACUAAGAUCACCACAGAACUGGAGUCACUCAAACAGAAGAUUCAGCAGAUGAACGAAGAACUGGCCACUUAUGAAGACCUGGACAAACUUAGGGAGAUUCAUGAGGAGAAGAAAAGGAAACUCCAAGAGGAUAAGGUGUUACUUAUGAAGAGACGGGACAUGUUUAAAACAGGCAUGUCAGAGCUGUCUGCGCAGUACGACCUUCUGAAGGCCCAGCUGAACGAUAACGAGACCCACACCCAGCUCAGUAACCUGCAGAGGAAGUGGCAGCACCAUGAGCAGAACAACUUUGUCAUGAAGGAGUUCAUCGCCACAAAGACAAUGGAGAGUGAUUUCCGUCCGACGAUGCAGAAAGUGACUAAGACUGUGGAGGACUACAACAAGAUGCUGCAGGACCAGCUCAGCGGGAGACCUGUAGCCUAACCCUGCAGCUCAACUGGAGAAGCACGUCGGCAGAACGUACUGCACCUGCACAGAACCCCGUAUUUUCGUAUUUUUCGUUGGAUUUUUGGUCAACGUUGUAUCAGAAUUUUGCCUGUUGCAGAGGAUAUUCUUUCCGACACAACAUUUGGAAACUACUGUUGAAAUGCUAACCUUAUAUGAGCGAAUACGACCUUAUAUGAGAUAUUCUGCCGAACUGCUAUGUACAAUACAUUACGGGUUACGCGCAGGUGCAGUACGUUCUGCCGACGUGCUAACUGGAGAUGACCUAAGGCCACACCAAUUUGAUUUGUUGGUUCUCGGUUUUCAGAAAAUGCAUGAAGCGACAGGGAAAAAAAUUACCAGGUCGACCACUUUUUUAAACUUAAAGUACAUUUUCACAGCUGCUACCCAUACACCAAAAAUAAUAGAAAUCCGCUAGCAAAUAACGAGUUAUAACGUUGACUUACAUACAGGCCAGCACCACAGCCAAAUAGAAAACAUACUCUUCUGACGAAGACAAAAACAGACCUAGGCAUCCUAUGGUAGCCCUAAAAGCCUAGGUACCAUGAGGUCAACAUACCAGGUCGGUUUAUAAUUCUAACAACAUUUGUUAUCAAACCAAUGCACUGAUAGAUGGAUAAACUGUAACAAAUAGGAAAGCAUGGAGAUUUCUUCAAACCAAAAAUGCCCCAAAAAUAAGCAUUUUGGAGUUGAUUCAGAGCCUGAAAUGUUUUUUUUUUUGCAACGAGAAAAAAAAAUCAGAGAACCAAAAAAUUAAAUUGGUGUGGCCUAGCCAAGGAAUAUAAUCUUCUCCUCACAUAGCAUGACUGCUGUAGACAACACUUGUAUGAUGUAACAUAUUCAAAUUUUGACAGAAUGAUGUCAGAUGAUUUUCUUCACAUUCCAGUUUCUUUCCACACGUAUUUUCAGUUGGGUGGAAUUUUCCAGUCAAAGCAUGUUUGAUUUGAAAAUGUUAAGUGAACAUGUUGUAAAUGAAUAUCUUAUAAAUGUGUGAGUUUGUAUAUUUGUAACUUGUUGAUGUUUCUGUGAAUUUUAUCAGUUUUUUUUCAAAAUGAGUGCAAUUUUGAAAUAAUCUGAAAGAGUAAAAAGUAAUAGAACUUAGGAAUUGCAUGUGUGUACAAUUGAUAUUUGACAUCCUGACUUCUCAUGUUUAUUAAUAUUACACAGAACCGUUUUGGCAAAUACAUCACUCAAGUAACAACUUCUUAAUGGUUUUUUUUUCACAGAUCUCAAAACUGGUGAAAUCUUAAACGAUAGUCUUUGCUGCACUAUAUGUAACGUUAUAUCUCCAAGGUUCAAAAGCGGUGCAAAAAAUGGUCUUAGUAACACAACUUCCCUGCGAAU